AUGAAGGAUGGUGCCCGCAGGCACAAGUAUGCUUGUAUCGACACUAGCCCACUCUCAAAAUAUGUUAUGCAUCCUUUUUGGAAUUACGUUGUUCGUUACUGCCCUAAAUGGAUAGCCCCAAACACUCUCACCGUCGUCGGUUUUGGACUUACUGUUUUAAAUUUCCUCAUCCUUACUAAAUAUGAUUGGGAUUUAAAAUCUCCUUACGAAACUCCUCGUUUUAUUUGGCUACUUUCAGCAAUUUUAAUAUUUGUAUCUCAUACAUUAGAUGGCAUUGAUGGAAAACAAGCACGAAGGUUGGGUCUUUCAUCUCCUCUUGGAGAAUUAAUGGAUCACUGUUGCGAUGCUUGGACAGCUGCAUUUUUCCCACCUAUUUUGUUCUCUCUUUUUGCUGGUCAAAUUGAAUCUAGCAUCUUAUUUUAUUGUGAAUGGUUUAUCAUUUUUGGCUUUCUUCUUGCCCACUGGGAAAAAUCCAUUACGGGUGUUCUCUACCUACCGUGGUCUUACGAUAUUGGUCAAGUUGUCACAGUCUUUCUCUUUCUUACUACAUUCAUAUCAUCUCCUUCAAUAUGGCUUAAUCCUCUUCCAUUUUCCCAAAGGACAAUCUCACAAAUUAUACCCCAUUUAGCUCAUGGUGUUUUCUGGUUCCUUGCAAUUCCAAUCAGUGUUGCCAAUGUCCUAAUAGAUUGUUCACGCGAUCGAUCAAAAAUCCCCACUUGGGAUGGCUUAGUGCGACCUCUUGUUGGUACGGUCUUCGUCUUUGUCACCUCCUGGAUUUGGAUGCUUCGUUCGCCGACGGAUGUUAUGGCUCAUUCCCCUCGGCUCUUUCUUCUCUGUGGUGGUACUCUAGCUGCGAAUAUUAUAGUAAGUCUCACGCAAAUGCCUUAUUAA